GUGUGUGUGCAUAUGUGCAUGUGAUCGACGCACGGUGUCACGUGGUACAUGGUUAAAGAUGGCGAUUGUGUGUCGGCUUGUUUGGUGCAGAUCCGAGGCUUGAUCUUGUCGUUUGUCCUCUGAAACAGUACCCUAGAGCAGCGUAUUAGUGCCGUGAGUCGGUUGUGUGCUGGUUGUGUCCUCGACGAGGGAAAGUGUUGGUCGUGGCGGGAGUUUCGCGGGGCGGACCAAGAUGCUGGGCUUUAUAAACAGAAUCAUCGAGUGGUUCAAGAGCCUCUUCUGGAAGGAGGAGAUGGAGUUGACGCUCGUGGGCCUCCAGAACUCGGGCAAGACCACGUUCGUCAACGUCAUAGCUAGUGGUCAAUUCAAUGAGGAUAUGAUCCCAACAGUGGGCUUCAACAUGAGGAAAGUCACCCGAGGAAACGUCACUAUAAAGCUAUGGGACAUUGGAGGCCAGCCGAGGUUCCGUAGCAUGUGGGAGCGAUACUGCAGAGGAGUCACUUCCAUAGUGUACAUGGUGGAUGCAGCAGACCACGAAAAACUCGACGCCUCGAAGAACGAACUCCACAGUUUAUUAGAGAAACCCCAACUAGCUGGGAUCCCUGUGCUGGUUCUGGGAAACAAGGUUGAUCUACCUAAUGCACUGAGGGAGAGAGACCUCAUAGAGAGAAUGAGUCUGAAUGAUAUAAAGGACAGGGAGAUCUGCUGCUACUCCAUCUCCUGCAAGGAGAGAGAGAACAUUGAUAUAACACUUCAGUGGCUGAUUCAGACAGCUAAAAACAGGCGGUCAUAAAUUGAUUGCUUUCUAAUAAUAGUGAAAACUCUUUUGAAAGACUUGUAUGUAUUAAUCUAGGUAUUGUAUGUACAUGCUUCAAGGCUGUGUGUGUGAGUGUGUGUGUGUGUGUGUCUCUGUGUGUUUUAAUGAAAACUCUGUCUGAGAAAA